GCGACAGGGCCACUCGGAAGCCGCCGAAUACUCCCGUCACGUGAUGCACGCAGGGGAAUCGCGCAGGACAGGAGCUGACGUGCGGCAGCCGGGCCGCGACUUCCUGCCUGUGGCUGCUGCUGUGUGACUGAGACGGAGACUGUAUCAUGGCUUCAAGGUUACUGUUCCGCAGCGCUGUCCGCGCUUUCACCAGGACCGGGGCUGUGAGAGCGGCGGCCCCAGUGCGGAACAUGUCUGCGGGAGGUAUUCCCACUGAUGAGGAGCAGGCUACCGGUUUAGAGAGGGAGAUUCUUCUAGCACUGAAGCAUGGCGAAGAUCCAUACAACAUGCUGAAGCCAAAAUCGUACAAAGGGAGUAAAGAGGAUCCGAAUAUUGUUCCUUCUGUAAACAACCAUAGGAUCGUAGGUUGCAUCUGUGAGGAGGAGAACACUGCUGUCAUUUGGUUUUGGCUACACAAAGGAGAGGCUCAGCGCUGCCCAUCUUGUGGCUCCUUCUACAAGCUUGUACCACAGGAAUACCACCACUACCACUAGCGGGCACGGCAACUUCCUGUCUUGCAUUGUUUUAGCUGUUACACUUUACAGUCUCCUGUAUUUUAUUCCUUACUGGCAUGGGACCAUUAAUAUUACAAUUAAACAGUCCAGCUUCUA